AGCCAAACUUCUCCGCAAGAUUCAUACCCACGAGAGAUCCCAAACCCUUUUACAAAAUCCCAAGAUUCUAACACAUUCUGUACUCCCUAUAGAGAGAAGAGAGAAAUGGCUCAAACAGAAGAGAAGAAUCACAAGAAGGACAUGGAGUUAGAAAAAGAAGACCUUUCUGUGGAGAAGGUGUUCCAGAACCAAGAGGUUCCAUCAUGGAGAAAACAGCUAACCAUAAGGGCCUUUGUGGUGAGCUUUGUGCUAAGUGUACUGUUCUGUUUCAUAGUGAUGAAACUGAACCUCACCACUGGGAUUAUACCUUCACUGAACGUUUCUGCUGGCCUUUUGGGUUUCUUUUUUGUGAACACUUGGACUAAGUUCUUGAGUAAGUCAGGCAUGUUAAGGCAGCCAUUUACAAGGCAGGAGAAUACUGUUAUCCAGACCUGUGUUGUUGCCUCCUCUGGCAUAGCCUUCAGUGGCGGCUUUGGGAGUUACCUCUUCGGAAUGAGUGAACGGGUAGCCCGGCUAUCUUCAAACAGAACUGAUUUCAAGAACCCAGCAAUAGGAUGGAUACUUGGAUUUCUCUUUAUUGUUAGCUUUCUUGGCCUCUUCUCGGUUGUGCCUCUAAGGAAGAUUAUGAUCAUUGACUUUAAAUUGACAUAUCCAAGUGGGACUGCAACUGCUCAUCUAAUCAACAGCUUCCAUACUCCUCAAGGAGCCAAACUAGCAAAGAAGCAAGUGAAAGUGUUGGGAAAAUUCUUCACUUUCAGUUUCUUAUGGGGUUUCUUUCAAUGGUUCUAUACUGCUUCUGAUGAUUGUGGAUUUCAAGCCUUCCCUUCGAUGGGGCUGAAAGCAUACAAGUACAAGUUUUACUUUGAUUUUUCUACAAUCUACGUUGGAGUGGGAAUGAUUUGUCCACAUAUCAUCAAUAUAUCACUGCUCCUUGGAGGAAUUCUUUCUUGGGGGCUAAUGUGGCCUCUUAUAGAAAACAAAAUGGGUGAUUGGUACCCUCCAGGCCUUGACGAAAACAACAUGCACGGUCUUGAAGGUUACAAGGUAUUCAUAGCCAUAUCCAUGAUCCUAGGAGAUGGUUUAUAUAACUUCUUCAAGACGCUAGGCCAUACCAUCACUGGCUUGUAUCAACAAAUCAGGGACAGACGACAAGAAAAUGUUCUUCCUGUUGCAGAUCAAAACUCUCCUUCAGGUCCUCAGCAAUCUUUUGAUUUCCAGCGCCGCACCCAACUCUUUCUCAAGGAUCAAAUUCCCACAUGGUUUGCAGUUGCAGGCUACGUUUCAAUUGCUAUUGUCUCAGUAAUCACUCUUCCACACAUCUUUCACCAACUAAAAUGGUACUACAUGCUGGUUAUCUACCUUCUAGCUCCAACCUUAGCAUUCUGUAACGCUUAUGGUUGUGGGCUAACGGACUGGUCACUUGCAUCCAAUUAUGGAAAGCUUGCCAUAUUUACAAUUGGAGCAUGGGCUGGAGCAUCACAUGGUGGGGUUCUUGCUGGCCUGGCAGCCUGUGGGGUGAUGAUGAAUGUCGUCUCCACGGCCUCCGACCUCACCCAAGAUUUCAAGACGGGCUACCUUACCCUAGCUUCACCACGCUCCAUGUUUGUGAGCCAAAUAAUUGGCACUGCAAUGGGAUGUGUGAUUUCUCCUUGUGUCUUUUGGGUUUUCUACAAAGCAUUUGAUGACCUUGGGACUCCUAAAAGUGAAUACCCUACUCCAUAUGCUAUUUUGUACCGGAACAUGGCCAUCCUCGGGGUAGAGGGCUUCUCAUCUCUACCAAAGAACUGCCUACUGCUGUGUUAUGUCUUCUUUGGCUCUGCCAUUCUCAUAAAUUUGAUUAAAGACCUGAUGGGUCAGAGAGGGUGGUUCAUACCAUUUCCAAUGGCAAUGGCCAUACCUUUCUAUUUAGGGCCAUAUUUUGCCAUUGACAUGUGUGUAGGAAGUCUGAUAUUGUUCAUUUGGCAGAAGGUAAACAAGGCAAAAGCAGAUGCUUUUGGGCCAGCAGUUGCUUCUGGUUUGAUAUGUGGUGAUGGAAUAUGGACUAUACCUGCUUCAAUACUUGCUCUUGCUGGGAUUAAGCCACCAAUUUGCAUGAAGUUUUUGUCCAGAGCCACAAAUAAAAGGGUUGACAAUCUUUUAGGUUCUUAAGGCAAAGUUUGACUUUGUAUCAAUAUCUUGUGCCAUCUUGUCUGUCAAUCUGCUGGGCAACAUCUUUCUUAAUUAUCAACUUUGAAGUUAAAGAUGUGCCAGGAACCAACAUAGGUGAAGCAACUAAAAUAUGAAGAAUGAAAAAAAGUGGUAUGUUAUAAAGCAGAUAUAUCAUAGAAAAAGGAGUACAUGUGCACAAAUUUAGAUUGCAUUCUGUGAUUUGAGGUUUCCAGAAGACUUCGAUUUCAAAUAUGCUUUCUCUAAA